AUGGCGUUUAGGGUUCCAAACUCUAGCUUGCUGUCCCUGAUCCUCCUCUCUCUCCUAGCUAUCGCCUCCGCCAAGGUCUUCUUCGAAGAACGCUUCGAGGACGGAUGGGAUAAACGUUGGGUUACUUCCGAGUGGAAGAAAGAUGAGAACCUGGCUGGUGAAUGGAACUACACCUCUGGAAAAUGGAAUGGAGACCCUAAUGACAAAGGUAUCCAAACAAGUGAGGACUACAGGUUCUAUGCCAUAUCAGCUGAGUUCCCUGAAUUCAGCAACAAGGAUAAGACACUCGUGUUUCAAUUUUCUGUGAAGCAUGAGCAGAAACUUGACUGUGGUGGUGGCUACAUCAAGCUACUCAGUGGUGAUGUUGAUCAGAAGAAAUUUGGCGGUGAUACCCCAUACAGUAUCAUGUUUGGGCCAGAUAUCUGUGGAUACAGCACCAAGAAAGUGCAUGCAAUUCUUAACUACAAUAAUACAAAUAACUUGAUCAAGAAGGAUGUUCCUUGUGAGACUGACCAACUCACUCAUGUCUAUACUUUUAUCAUCCGUCCAGAUGCUACCUACAGCAUCCUUAUUGACAAUGCUGAGAAACAAACUGGUAGCCUCUACAGCGAUUGGGAUCUUCUGCCUGCAAAGAAAAUCAAGGAUCCCGAGGCCAAGAAACCUGAAGAUUGGGAAGACCAAGAAUACAUCCCUGACCCUGAAGAUAAGAAGCCUGAGGGGUAUGAUGACAUUCCCAAGGAAAUAACCGAUCCCGAUGCCAAGAAGCCUGAAGACUGGGAUGAUGAGGAAGACGGUGAAUGGACUGCCCCAACCAUUCCCAACCCUGAGUACAAGGGUGAAUGGAAGCCAAAGAAAAUCAAGAACCCCAACUUCAAGGGAAAGUGGAAGGCACCAUUGAUUGACAACCCAGAAUUCAAGGAUGACCCUGAGCUGUAUGUUUACCCCAACUUGAAGUAUGUCGGAAUCGAAUUGUGGCAGGUGAAAUCUGGAACCCUGUUUGACAACAUUUUGAUCACUGAUGAGCCGGAGUAUGCAAAGCAGUUGGCUGAGGAAACAUGGGGCAAACAGAAAGAUGCCGAGAAGGCAGCAUUUGAGGAGCUGGAGAAGAAGCUGCAGGAGGAGGAAUCAAAAGAAGACCCUGUUGAUUCUGAUGCCGAGGAUGACGAUAAUGAGGCCGAAGAUGGAGAAGAAUCUGAUUCCGAAUCGAAACCAGACUCAACUGAAGAGAGUGCCGAAACUGAGGCUGAGAAACAUUGUCUUGCGCUUUGGAUUUUCAGGAUGAACUGUAGGGAGGGAGCACCGCAAAGUUCUAGAGAAAAGCUUGGGCGUUAA